AUGCCGUCCGAUCUGGACAGGCAAAUCGCCCAGCUGGAGCGUUGUGAGCCGAUAUCCGAGUCGCAGGUCAAGGAUCUGUGUCUGAAGGCGAGAGAGAUCCUCGUCGAAGAGGCCAACGUCCAGCAUGUCGACGCACCGGUGACCAUCUGUGGCGACAUUCACGGACAGUUCUGGGACUUGAUGGAACUGUUUCGGCAUGGAGGCCCCUGUCCAACGACCAAUUAUCUCUUCAUGGGCGACUUUGUCGACAGAGGCUUCUACAGCGUCGAGACAUUCCUGCUCCUGCUCGCAUACAAGGUUCGCUAUCCCGAUCGGAUCACCUUGAUCAGGGGCAACCACGAGUCGCGGCAGAUCACCCAGGUCUAUGGCUUUUACGACGAGUGCUCGCGCAAGUACGGCAGCUCAAAUGUCUGGCGGUAUUGUUGCGAAGUGUUUGACUAUCUUGCACUGGGUGCUGUAGUCGACGGUCGGGUGUUUUGUGUCCAUGGUGGUCUCAGUCCGAGCGUAUCGACAAUUGACCAGAUUCGGUCCAUCGAUCGGAAGCAGGAGGUGCCGCACGACGGAGCCAUGUGCGACCUUCUCUGGUCGGAUCCCGACGAGAUUGUCGGAUGGGGUAUGUCGCCGCGCGGAGCCGGCUUCCUAUUUGGCGGCGACGUGGCGACGCACUUUGCGCACACCAACGACAUCGACCUCAUUGCGCGUGCCCACCAACUUGUUUUGGAGGGCUACAAACUCAUGUUCGACUCGACCAUCGUCACAGUCUGGAGCGCGCCAAACUACUGCUACCGGUGCGGCAACGUGGCCAGCAUCCUCAAGCUCGACGACGGGCUUAAUCAAAAGUACGAGACAUUCGACGCCGCGGCACAAGAGAGCCAAAACGUGCCAUCGAAGCGCAGCGCUCCAGACUACUUUCUGUGA